UGUUUCUUCCUGGUUGGGCUUCUCCUCCAAAAGCAGCUUCUUGGGGAACUCCUGCCUUUGGCUUUUCUUUCUUUGGAGGGAAAGGAAAAACAUCUGAGCCGGAACUCUUGGAUUUAUUUAAUGUGUUGUGGAAGGUUUUCCUGACCUGAAUUACAGGGAUAAAGUGAGUUUUCUGAGCUGUCUGGCCAUGUUCCAGAAGCAUUCUUUCCUGACGUUUCCCCCACAUCUGUGUUGUGAGCCUGUUGGAAACUAGGAAAGUGGGGUUUAUCUAUCUUUGGAAUAAUGCCCAGGGUGGGAGAAAGAACCCUUGUCUGUUUGAGGGAAGUAGGAAUGUUGGAAUGGGCCACCUUGGUUAGCAUUGAAUGGCCUUGCAGCUUCAAAGCCUGGCUGCUUCCUACCUGGGGGAAUCCUUUGUUGAGAGGUGUCAGCUGGCCCCUUGGUCUAGACUUUUUUUCACUAAAUGGUUACUUAUUCAACAGCCAGUUCCCUUCUGGUCUUGCAUCUUUGUUUUCAUAACUCUUCCUCUUAAAAUAUUUAUUUAUUUAUUCAGAACAUUUAUACCCCGUCCUUCUCAACCUCCGAGGAAGGACUCAGAGUGGCUUCCAUACGCAACAAUUCAAUGCCAAUAUGAUGUAAACACAUAAUAAAAACAACCAUAUAUACAAUAAAAUAGUUAUAAAUAUGCAUUAAAAACAUUAAAGAUGUGAAUGUUUUGUAAUAUUAUUUUCUUCCUAUUUUCCAGGCAGAAAUCUCCAUGCGGAUGUUUAGACUGCUAUGAUAGAUUCUAGAAUUUUUCACAGUUUCAGAUUAUUAUAAUAAUAAUAACAAUAAUACUACUACUAAUAAUAAUAAUUUAUUGGCCUCUCCUUCAGAUCGAGGCAGGGUACAACAUAUAUCCAAAAGAUGCAUAUAUCUACAACAUCGCAUCACAUAUUAAAACAUAGUUAGAAUGCAAACAUGAAAGCAUUUUAAAAUAUACAUAUAAUAAAAUACCUGAGACUAAAGUUAAAACACAAUAGACAUUAUUGUCCAAGGAUGAAAAUGGAGACCCAUGAAGCUCUUACAAGUAAUAUAUCAGGGCAGGUGUCACGAGAAGUGAGAGGAAGCUGUCAUGUUGAGAUGAUGGAUGCAUUCCUGCCAAGGAGACCAACGGAGGUGAAAGAGGAGCCCAACAAAGACUCGCUUCGGCAAUGGGAAACCCAAUGGCAAGAGUUCCUGAAGAGCGUGGAAGGCCCUCACCCAAGCUUGGGAACCUCUGAAUCAAGGGAGGAGCCGUGGGACGACACCAAAGCCUUCCUGGCCUCCUUUGAGCAAGUGGCCCAAGCCUGCCGGUGGCCGAAGGAAGAGUGGGUGCCCCGGCUCCUGCCAGCAUUGAGCGGAGAGGCCAGGUGGGCCUUCACCAGCCUGGAGGCCAAAGGCAGGGAGGAUUAUGGGAAAGUGAAGGCCGCCAUCUUGCACAGGGACGCCAUGUGGCGGGAGCAGCAGCGGCAAUGUUUCCGGCGUUUCUGCUACCGGGAGGCUGAGGGGCCAAGAGGGGCUUAUGGCCAGCUUCAGGAACUGUGUUGCCGGUGGCUGAAAGCUGAAAGGCAUUCGAAGGAGCAGAUCCUGGAGCUGCUGAUCUUGGAGCAGUUCUUGGCCGUCCUGCCUCCAGAGAUAGAGGCCUGGGUCAAGGAAUAUGGUCCAGAGACUUGCUCCCAGGCGGUGGCCUUGGCGGAGGACUUCCUCCAGAAGCAGGGAGAGGCCAGGAGGCAGGCAAACCAGGUGCUGAUGGAGGAAGAGGAGAUGGUGGGUUCCCCUGAAGCUGGCCAAGCCCUGCCUGAGAUGGAGCAGAAGAAGCCUAGUAUGAAGACCAAACAGGAAGAUGAUGACGGAAAUGCUGGACUCUUGGCUGAUGAAUGGAAAAGUGAGCAUGAGGGGCAACUAAGUGAGGACUCCUCGCAAAGAACAGAGUAUGGACCUUUGAAGAGGAAGGUUUGGAACCUCGAUGGGCGAGCGAGCCAAGACGGAAGCCGUAUGGAGAAGCCAAAAGCCAAACUCUUCCAGUUACCGGUGGGAGACUUCCACGAAAUUGCAGUCCAGCAGAAAAGUGAAAAAGGCAAGAAGGGGAUUGCUUUCCCCAGUGUUCAUUGGAGAAUUCACCCCGAGGAUCAAACUGAUUUGAUGUUUGUAAAGACUUUCAAUCAAAGUGGAAACCUCACUGAAUGUGAAAUGCUUUCUGAAGGGACAGGUUCGUACAUAUACCUGAAUCAAAGCACUUCUGCAGAUGAGAGACAGUAUAUGAAUUCGGACCUUACGCAGGAGUUGGAAGAGAGGUCUGAGGGGGAUUUUCAGAUGGAGUCUCCCGAAAGUUUUCCCACGUGUGGUCGUGCCUCCCCAGUUGGCAGUGGGCGGAAUGAGGGACGUGUAGGUUUUGAGGGUGGACCUUUACCCCUGGUGCUUGGAAGGCCUAGGUCCUCCGUCUGGGACCACUUCCAGGUGCGGCUAGAGGAUCGCACGCAGGCGGUGUGCAAGCACUGCAAAAGAAAAGUCAGUAGGGGCAAAAAUAUAAAACAUUUGUCUACGACGGGGAUGCAGAUGCACCUCAAGAGGCACCACCCCUUGCAAGCUGGCAUGACUCAGACUGGGACUGGUUGCGGCAUAAGCAGCAGCAAGACUCCUUCCAGCCUGCCUGCGGCUGGAAGGGAGAAGAGGCAGGCCACCCUAGAGCAGUGGGACACAAUCAGGGCCAAGGACAGCGUGGGUGGCAAGCUGCCCACGGUCAAGGAGAUCACCCAGUGCUUGGGAGAGAUGCUGGCUCUCGACAACCUGCCCUUCCUGAUGGUGGAGCAGGAAGGAUUUUGUCGCUUGAUGGCACUGGUGGCUCCCCACUACAAGGUCCCCUCACAUACCACCUUCUCAAGGACAGUGGUGCCAUCCCUGUAUCGUGGCUGCAGGGAACACAUCGAGCAGUUGUUGGAUGGCGCCGGAUGGACGUCCAUCCAUUUCACCACAGACAUUUGGUCUGGCACCGGUGAGGGCAAUGCGUACCUCUCCCUCACAGGGCACUGGUGGGAGAGAGAGGGCCCCAAGGAGACAGGGCAUCGCUGGGCCCUGCUCCACGUCGAAGUGAUGGACAAGGCCCACACGCCUGCCGAGAUCCACCAGGCCAUAGACCGCAUGCUGGAGGAGUGGCUGUCGGAGAGGCAGCAGCUCAGCCGUGGUUUUAUGGUAACGGAUAACAGGGCAAAUAUUGUACAGGCAAUGGAGGACGCCGGCUUCCGAGGUGUGAGCUGUCUGGCGCACAUGCUUCACCUCACCAUCUGUGAAGGGCUAGGGCUGGCUAGUACUCCCUCUACAGAGACCCUCUCGAGUGGCGUCCAGGACAUCACUAAACUGAUUGAUCGGUGCCGCAAGAUCGUGGACCACCUCCACUGCAGCGUCAAGGCUAGAAGACUGCUACGGGGGAGGCAGGCCAUGGAUUGGGUCCCACAACACAAGCUGUUGCUGAACGUCCCCACCCGAUGGAGCUCCACUUUCUUGAUGCUACAGUGGCUUGUGGAGCAUCAGGAGGUGAUCCAGCGUCUCGCCCUGGAAUUGGAGGGUCUCGGCCCUAUGCAGAUGCCCCUGUCAGCGCAUGAUUGGGACUGCAUCUCCCAGCUGGUCUCCGUGCUCCAGCCCUUCCUGGAGGCCACAGAGACCCUGAGUUCUUCAACAGCCCUUCUCAGUCACGUGAUCCCUCUGGUGCUGGGACUGAAGGAGCACUUGGAAAGUCUAGGGAGGGGCAGUUCGCUUCCAACCCUGGCUGGGACGUUGACCCCCCAGGUGCAGGCGGUGGUGACAUCCUUGUCUAGUGCCGUCACCAAACACUUGGAGCCACUCUUCAGCAGUAGGGCGCACAUGUUGGCUGGCAUGUGUGAUCCACGCAUGAAGGUCACCGUAUGCGCCGACAAUGCGGCUGCACACUGGAAGGCUGAACUGGUGUCAGCGGUCAGGGCAGCAUACCUGCACAGGGGCGGAGAGGGAGAAGGUGAGGCUGGCACACUUGGUACCACCACCUUGUCACCCUCAUCUGCACCAGAGACCCUGAGCAGCACUACUAGCAGGGAAUCGCCUGUCCCCAUGGCUGGCAGGCGGCAGCAUCAGGAGAACGGGUACUUUACCAGGGCCUUGGCAAAGAUGGUUGGGCCCAAGUACAGGAGAGACAAAGCGGAGGUUUCGGUAAACCAGUACCUGGAGGAGCCGGUGGAGGAUCUAUCCUGCGACCCCUUGGCUUACUGGGCAUCCCGGAGCCAGAUGUGGCAGGAUCUGGCAACGGUUGCCCGGGAGCACCUCAGCUGUCCUCCAACCAGUGUGCUGAGUGAGAGGGUGUUUGGCAUGGCUGGAGAUGUUGUCACACGUCACUGGACCAUGAUGGACCCUGCCUUAGUGGAACAGCUGGUGUUCCUCAAGACCAACCUGCCCCUUCUGGGUUUCCCGGACUUGGACCCCCAGCUGAGUUGAGUGUGGCAGGCACUCACUGGUGCUGCAGAACUCCCACUCCCUCAAUUUGAAUUUGCUGACAUUUGCAAAUUCAUCAUGUUUCCUAUUAUCAUCAUGUUUCCUGCUAUCCUAAACGCCGAAAAUGACUUUUUUUACAGGGGAUGAGUGGCUGGGUGCAUAUUUAAAGUUAAUAUCAGCAUGUCUAAAUAAAUAUAUUUCCAGGUUUUGAUUUCCAAGCUCA